AUGCCAUCCCCUGCCUUCCAAGCCCGGCUCCGUGCCGCCUUCCCGAACGGAGACAAGGCCCCCACCCUCCCUUCCCCGACGUCCCUCGCCGCCGCCUCGGCGUCCCUGCCCCGGCGACCAUCUCACGGUGCGGGUGCAGGUGCGGAGGGAGAGGGAGACUACCUCGCACCGCUAGGCGCCGAAGCGACGCUCACGCACAUCCUUGACGAUAUCGUCCCCGGUCUCAACGGACAGGCGCGCAGCGGGCGGUACUACGGCUUCGUGACGGGCGGAACGCUGCCCGUGGCCGAGGCGGCGGAUAAUAUUGUCUCGGCGCUGGAUCAGAAUGUUCAGGUGCAUUUGCCCGAGCAGACUGUUGCGACUGAGGUGGAGAGCGUUACCUUGGGGAUGCUUGCUGAUGUGUUGGGGCUUGAGGGAGGCAGAAGGCUUGGAGGAGAUGGAGGAGGAGGCAUUGAGGGAGAGGAAGAGGAGGUGUGGAAGGGGAGGACAUUUACGACGGGUGCCACGGCGAGUAAUGUACUGGGUUUGGCGUGCGGUCGGGAGGCUGUGAUUGCGAAGCGGGGGGGCAACGUCGGGGAGAGCGGCAUCCUGGGCGCGUGUCUUGAGGCUGGUGUGAAGGAGAUCCAGGUACUGACGAGUAUGGGACACAGUUCGCUGUUCAAGGCGGCGAGUGUCGUCGGGAUCGGGAGGGCGAGCGUGCGGGAGCUUCCGCUGAGCGACGACGAGCCGUGGAGGUUGGAUUUGGAGGCUGUGGAGAGGGCGUUGGGCUGGGAGGGCGUUGCGAGCGUCAUUGCUGUGAGCGCGGGCGAGGUGAAUACUGGACGGUUCGCGACGGGCGGGUGGGAGGAGAUGAGGAGGUUGAGGGGGUUGGCGGAUCGGUUUGGGGCUUGGAUUCACGUUGAUGGAGCUUUUGGCAUCUUUGCGAGAGCUUUAGAGGCAAAGCCGGAAUUCGCAAAGAUUAGAGAGAUGGCUUCUGGAUUGGAGCUUGCGGACAGCAUUACCGUCGAUGGACACAAGCUUCUGAACGUGCCCUACGAUUGUGGCAUGUUCUUCUGCCGCUCCCUCUCCAUCCAGACCUCCGUGUUCACGAACCCCAACGCGGCCUACCUCUCCUCCGGCCCCGCCGCCAUCCCUUCGCCCCUGAACAUUGGUCUCGAGAACUCGCGCCGCUUCAGGGCCCUCCCGGCCUAUGCGGUUCUCCGCUCUGAAGGGCGGAGCGGGCUAGCCGCCAUCUUGGGCCGCAUGGUUCUCCUCGCGCGCAAGCUGGCGUCGUGGAUCCGGGCGUCUGAGGCAUAUGAACUGCUUCCCGAGGGGGACUGGGAAAUGGAGGAGACGCACAUGGUCGUGUUGUUCCGGGCUAGGAACGAAGGGUUGAAUCAGGAGCUUGUGGGUAGGAUUAAUGGGACGAGGGAGGUUUACGUGAGUGGGACGAGUUGGAAGGGGAGACAGGCUGUAAGGGUGGCGGUGGGCAGCUGGCGGGUUGAUGUCGAGAGGGACUUUGAGAUUAUUACGAGGGUCUUGGAGGAUAUCGCCAGAGCGUAG